AUGCCUCCUUCGAGGAAACGGGUUCGUGGCAAGGCGGACGAAACAGUCCAAGAGCAGCCUCGGAAGAAGGUCAUCAAAACGGGACAGAGGGCAACGAGCACACCCCCCGAAAUCAAGCAUGCCGUGAUUAACCAGUACUUUGCUCAUGUCCUGUCCCUACGCGACUACAUACUUGGGAAACUCCCUGCUACGUCGAGGCUCAGGAGGAAGAAAAUCGCCUCUCUUGGUUCGUCUUCAUCUACGGACGCCGAGAUCCAUGACCUGGAGCAGAUUCUGGGUUCGCUACUCGACACGACGCUUGUAGGCUACAAAGAAAGACCAGAACAGCCAAGCCAUACACCAGACAACCGCCGUCAGCAAUGGACAAACUUUACGCAAAAAGGGGACGAUUCCCACGUCACACUAUCCGAUGGUCUUGCCGGUGCAGCUUUCUCCCAAAGCGAGAUAGUAGACUUUGUGAUUUGGCAGCUCUUCUCCCGUUGCAAGAAUCAUAGUGAGCGACCUGAGCAUGUGCUGUGUGAUGGGUUUCGAAGGGAUCCCAACCCAGGGAGAUUGCAAUGUCCACGGAUGGAUCAGUCGAUACCGGGUGUAUUCUCGCUGCAUACAAACCCUCAGGUUCAGGCCCUGAAGCUUGACCCUUGGCCCCAACUGCUCAAGCUGCUGGGAAACUCUGGCGACGUCAUCAUGAUGGACUUGUUGCUGGACUGUGCAGUCUUCACCUCCCUAAACGGUGGUAGGCGCAAUUAUCGCCAACUCAGCGGAAUCCCAUUGCCCAAGAUACCGAUAGUCGAUACUUGCAUCAAAACUCUUGAGUACAUUGGCAAGGCGCCAUCCGAGAUUACCUUUGUCCGCAACCGCAUGAUGUAUGCCAGAGCCGCAUUGAAUGCUCGUGGACUCGUACAAUUUGGCAUGAGGCACAUUCAUGUCUUGAAUCGGUCGCCAUAUACACAGCCUGAUACCCAGGUCAAUGCUUCUUCUGAUGGAGAUGAGACGGGGCCCAAAAAUCUUGUCAAUACUCGCAGAGUGAUGAUGUAUAUGUUCCCGCGGCAAUUUGGUCUACACAACGUCUUCACUUCCACUGUUGAUCGCAGGGAGACCGCUCAACGGUUGAAAGACUACACUUUGCGAGAACAGGAGAUCAAUACCAAGUUUGGCGAAAAGGACGUCCGGAUUCCAAAGCGGCUGAGAGGCGAUGCAAAAGAUCUUGUUCAGAAGUUGCAGAUACUUCACUUGCGAUGCUCAUAUUCCAAAUUAUUGCAGCACUACUGUCCAGUAUUUUCGUCCCAAGUCAGUCACAGCAAGGGCCGUAAAUCUACGCAAAACUCCAGUGGCCGAGCCACGCAGAGCCUUAGCAAAGUAGUAUUCACUACAAAGUCUGACAAGGCAGCACGAUAUACCUCGAUAACAGAGCUGGCAACUUCGCCGGCCGAGGUCUCUGCUUUCUGUCAAGCAGUGAUCGCGAAACUACUUCCGAAUGGCUUUCUUGGGGCAGAUGACGUUUGGAAGCACAAUCAACGCCUGCUUCUCCGCAAGGUUGAUCAUUUCGUCCGUUUGAGACGUUUCGAGAGCAUGUCCCUUCACGAAGUCAUGCAGGACAUGAAGAUCACCGAGAUCGAGUGGCUUGCGCCUCAGCAUCUCAUGGUGCACAAAACAUCGCAGACUGACAUUCGCAAGCGAACCGAGCUCUUUUCUGAAUUUCUAUACUAUGUUUUUGAUUCAAUUCUGAUACCCCUACUUCGAAGCAACUUUUACAUCACAGAGUCCAAUACGGACAAGUACCGAUUAUUUUACUUUCGUCACGAUGUGUGGCGAUACGUGGCCGAACCUGCGAUGGCCGCUCUAAAGGUGAAAAUGUUCGAAGAGGUGAACCUAGACGAGGCGAACCGACUGCUAGACUCGCGACAGUUGGGCUUUAGUCAAGUUCGAUUGCUGCCAAAGGGCACGUCUUUACGGCCCAUUAUGAAUCUUCGAAAAAAGAUGCUGAAAAGGGGGAACAAGACAUUAUUGGGUUCAAGCAUCAAUACACUGCUGAAGCCUGCCCACACCAUCCUGCAGCUCGAAAAGUUGCUAAACCCAGCUAAACUGGGUUCGUCCAUGACCUCCGUUGGCGAUGUCUACAUGCGUCUAGCAGCCUUUAAAUCAUCUAUAGGCUCACAAUCUGGUCCCCUCUUCUUUGCAAAAGUGGAUGUACAGUCUGCAUUUGACACGAUACCGCAAGCUGCAAUAGUCGGUCUUCUGGAUUCGAUCCCCCAGCGGCGUGGCUAUCAGAUAGCCAAGCACAUUGAGAUGACAAACAACAGCUCCAGCGAGCUCCUAGCCCCGACCGCAGCGGGAAAGUCGAGUAAGCCGAGGAUAAAAUGGCUUUCGACUGCUAUGAAGCAUAGGGGCUCACAAGCACUCCUGGAAUAUAUCGAGAGCGACCCGGCGCUAAAGAGAAACAACACUGUUUUCAUUGAAGACGUCUUCAAGAAGGACUUUGAUACGAGCUCCAUCCUGCGACUCGUGGCGUCCCACAUUCAACAGAAUCUCGUCAAGAUUGGCAAAAAGUUCUUUCGGCAAAAGGAAGGCAUACCACAGGGCUCCAUCCUAUCCUCGACAUUAUGCAACUACUUCUACGCCGACCUGGAGAUCCACGUACUGAAAUUUCUCGACUCGGAGGACUGUCUCCUGCUCCGACUCAUUGACGAUUUCUUGCUCGUGACCACGGACAAGGCCAAGGCCACCCGUUUCGUCGAGGUCAUGCACGCCGGCGUGCCCGAGUACGGCGUUGUCGUCAAUCCGGCCAAGACGCUCGUCAACUUUGACCUCGACUUUACCGGCAAAGCAACUCCCGUCCCCAGGAUCGGCCGCGGCUCCACAGGGUUUCCUUACUGCGGCGCGCUGAUCGACACGGCCAGCCUCAACGUGUCCAAGGACCGGCGGCCGCGACGCGCACCGAACAAUAUUACAGAAGCAGCAGCGGCGGCGGCGGCAUUUUCAUCGUCGUCAUCAUCUAUCUUCAACUCGCUGACUGUCGAGUACAACCGCGCUCCAGGACGUACCUUUGGGCGCAAGGUCCUCAACGCCUUCAAGAUCCAGUCACAUCUCAUGUACCUGGACACGGGUCGCCUGAAUGGUGUGGCGACGGUGCUCUCGAACCUGCGUGCCGCGUUUGCCGAGACGGCCACCAAGACGUGGGCGUACACGCGGUGCCUCCCACCCAAGGCGCGGCCGUCUCCGUCUCUCGUGAUUCGGACUCUCCGCCGUCUCGCCGACGUGGCGUACCUCGUCGCCACCAGUCGGGCCCGCCGGGCGCGAUAUCCGGGCUACACGUGCGAUGUCCGCAAGAUCGAGGUCAUGUGGUUGACGUACUCGGCGUUUGCCCAGGUGCUUGGCCGGAAGCAGAGUAGCUAUGGCCCCGUCCUCGAGUGGCUGCACAAUGAACUCAACAGGCUGGGCGCCAUGAAGGAUAUACGUCGGGGACGAGUCGCUCAUGUAACCGAGAAAGUUGUGUAG